AUGAAUGUGAAGCAUCUAAGUUGGUUCACGCUAAGCCUGCUGCUGGUCCUGCGAGGCAGCGCUGCAAAGGAGCAGGAUCUGGAGCAGGGACAGGAUCAGCAUGUGGAGGCUGAAAUGACUGUGGAUAUGGAUAUGGCCACGACGCAUAUGAUGCCCUCAUCAGCUGCAGGCGGGCAGCUCGAAAAGUCCUUGGAGCAGGAGGAAGCCAAAAUUGAGCCGAAACCGGAACCAGAAUCAAGCAAGGCAACGGAAACAAACACAAUGGAACCAAAACCAGAAGCGGGCGAAGCAGGGGAAACCAAGUCAAUGGAGCAGCAGGACAUCAAAAAGAAGCUUGAAGGGGAAACAGAAUCGAGUAGGCCAAAGGAAACGAAAUCAAUGGAAAUGCAGAAAACGGUAGUUGAAGAAAACCCGGAACUAGAAGUGGACACAUCCACAAAAACUGAGUCAAUGGAACAGCCGGAAACUGAAACUGAACCGAACCGGAAACCGGAAACGGAACCAGAAUUGAUCCAAGCAAGGCAAGCCAAGGCUGUGGAGGAGCAUGAAAAUCCAACUGAGUCGCCAGCGGAACCAAAGACGGACAAGUCAGAGGCAAUUGCGUCAAUGGAGCAGCAAGGGGAUAAAAAUGAAGCGGAGCCGGAACCAGAAACGAGCAAGGCAAGCGAAGCCAAGGCAAUGGAAGAGACGGAAAAUCCAACUGAACCGCCAGCGGAACCGGAGACGAAGCUUGAACCCAGCAUAGAAACCACACACUCCAUGGACUAUCAGGAUGAUGCAGCGGCGCCCCACGAGGCGACCAGCCCAGAGACACAAGCUCCAACGACACCAGCUCCAACGGCGCCAGCUCCAACGACGCCAGCUCCAACGAUGCCAGCCUCAACGACGCCAGCUCCAAAGACAGCUGAGCCCGCAGUGAAGCAAGUGAAUCUCUCGCUGCCGCUGCUGCCCAACAGCUGCUUCAGCUGCUCCAGCUAUCGGAAUGGCAGCUGUCUGCGGCAGCCCGCGGAGCGACAGCAGUGCUCGCCGAGUUCCAAACGCUUUGGAUGCUAUACGCUGUUCAAACGUGACACACAGCUGAUCAUGCGCGGCUGCACGGCGGACCUGACCGAGGAAGGUGACAAAUAUUGCCGCCAGGAAACGGAGCUCUGCAAGCUGUGCACCGGUCCGCUCUGCAACAAGGAGCUGGCUGCAUUGGCCAGCGCAGCUCCGUUCCUGGGCAGCCUAACCAUCUGGUUGCUAUGCCUUAUAGCUGUGUUGGGGCAAGUCUAAAAGCUCAGCUUGAGUCGCUUUUUAAGUGUUUAGCAAUAUUUGUCAUAUAACUCUUUUAUUACUUGAAAAUUAAUGCGGUUGUUUUAUUUACU